GCUCUGACGUCACUGCCUGCCACUCAGCUUCGGGGAAAAUAAGUUUCACUUUCUUACUGGGUUUCAGAAACUGUUGAUUCCUAGAAAGCCGAGACGUGAAGAAAGAAGCAGCGACCUGGAGGAGACCAAAGAACCGUCGUACCAGCUGUUAGGUCAAUACUUCCACAGGAAGAGCGAUUGGACAUUAAACCAUCAGGAUGCUAGGAAGAGGAGGCCUUGUAGCCCGUCUUUUCAGCCUAGCUUGGAGUCUUCCCUUCCUCUUCUUCGUGGCCGGUGUUGCCCUUAGGUCAUCUCAGCCAAGAGCAACAGGUUUCUGACCCAGUGACUGGUCCCUCUGUGAUCCUGAAGGGACUCUCUCCUCUCCCCCUCUCUCUCUCUCUGUGUGUGUUGAAGAAUCUGAACCAUGUGGGCCAGUGAAGGAGAGGUUCAGGUGACAGCCCGGAUGGAGACCACCCCUGCCAUGGGCGUACCUAGUAUCUCUGUUUCCCAGAAACAGACCCCUAAAAAAUUUGGCCCUGUGGUGGCCCCUAAGCCCCAGUUCAACCCCUACAAGACGGGAGACCCCAUUGACCAUGCUGAAGGGGACUUCCCCCCACCUCCUCCUCCACCUGCUGAUGACGGAGGCCUCCCAUCCCUCAUGUCCUUGCCCCCCCCUCCAUCCAUGGACAGAGAAUACCAGAUGUGCGGGCCGCAGAAGACCCUAGAGGAGAGGCGAUCCAGUCUGGAUGCUGAGAUUGACUCUCUGACCUCUAUCCUAGAAGACCUGGAGAGUAACUCACCUUACAAGCCCCGCAGUGCACAGAACUCUGAAACUCUUCCAUCUGUGACCAGUCCCAAUGCACCGGUCACCGGCUACAAGCGUAUGGUCAUCCCGACUCAGCCUCCUCUGACAGCCACUAAGAAGUCCACUCCCAAGGCCGGGGCCCCAGGUGGAACACUGCCCCGGCCCCAGGCGGAGCAUUCCUCCUCUGCCUCCCCAGUGGCCAGGCCUCAGUUCCAUAUGCUGCCUCAGCCAGUCCCAGCCAACUACGCCACAGCCUCCACCCCCAGCCAGCCUACCUUCAACGUACAGGUGAGGUCUGCCCAACCUGGGCCUCAGCACCAGUCCCCAGGACCCCCCCAGCAGUUUGCCCAGCAGCCUAUCCGGAGCCCAGCCCAGGUCCAGUACAUGUCUGCUCAGCCACGAGGCCCUGACUUGGCCUACGGGCCCCCUCAGCCAGGCUUCGCCCCUCAGCCAGGCUUUGCCCCUCAGCCAGGCUCUGCACCACAAGGGUACCCAGAGCAGGCCUACCCUGGACCAGGAGGGUACGGAGGAGGACCAGGAAACACCUGGAAACCCCAGCCUAGCUAUACUGCUGCUCCUACCCAGCAGGGCUACCCACAACCUGUCCCUAAGAAGACCUACAUCACAGACCCUCCUGCCAGCCUGGGUCCUCCUGCACACCUCGCCCCGCAGAAGACUCCCGGCAGUGCCAGGCCUGAGGAGGAACUGGAGCGUCUCACCAAGAAGAUGCUUUAUGACAUGGACAACCCUCCGGCUGAGGAGUACUUUGGGCGGUGUGCCAGCUGUGGGGAUAAUGUGGUGGGUGAGGGUACCGGCUGUACCGCCAUGGACCAGGUCUUCCACGUGGACUGCUUCAUCUGCAUGACCUGCAGUGGCAGGCUGCGCGGUAAACCCUUCUACGCCGUGGAGAAGAAGGCCUACUGCGAGCCCUGCUACAUCAACACCCUGGAGUCCUGUAACAUCUGCAGUAAACCCAUCAUGGAGCGUAUCCUGCGGGCUACAGGGAAGGCCUACCACCCACACUGUUUCACCUGUGUGGUGUGUCAACGCAGCCUGGACGGUAUACCCUUCACUGUGGACUCUGCCAACCACAUCCACUGCAUCGACGACUUCCAUAAGAAGUUUGCCCCUCGUUGCUGUGUGUGUUCUGAGCCCAUCAUGCCAGCUCCAGGCCAGGAAGAGACUGUUCGUAUCGUCGCCUUGGAUCGGGACUUCCACGUGCAGUGUUACCGCUGUGAGGACUGUGGCUCUCUGCUGUCUGAAGGGGACAACCAGGGCUGUUACCCUCUGGACGGCCAUGUCCUCUGUAAGAGCUGUAACACCAGCCGUAUCCAGGACCUGACCUUCAAAUCCACCACUGACCUCUGAACCCCAGAUACCCUGCUGUUCCCCGCUAGCUGCUCCCCGCUAGCUGCUCCCCGCUAGCUGCUCCCCGCUAGCUGUUCCCCGCUAGCUGCUCCCCGCUAGCUGCUCCCCGCUAGCUGCUCCCCGCUAGCUGCUCCCCGCUAGCUGCUCCCCUAGCCCUGCCUACUGCCUGGCUGGCUGACUUCAGCACACACACACACACACAUAUAUAUAUAGAGAGAGAGGCACACACACAUAAAGAGACAUACACACAUAUGUAUACAUACACCUAUGAACAUUCUGAAAAAAUAUAAAUAUUAUGAAAUUACUAAACAAGGGAUAAACAACGAUGCGAUGUUCCUGAAAUGAUGACAGUCUCAGUACAAGCAGCACUGAAGAGGAGGGCCCUGAUGUCUUAUCCUUACAACUGUAUUCUCGUUGUUCAUGUAUAAUCUCCAAAUGUACGUGUUUCCCUUGUAGUCAUUUAGCAGACACUGUUAUUCAGAGAGACGUACAGUCCAGAUAAACCUCUACUUCCAUGGCCUCAGCGUUACUGCUGUUGCCUUGUAGUUGAUUGAGUCUAGCUAGACUGGCGGGUCAGUCUGUCUCCUGACUUGGCAUCUGACGUUGUCACCUACAGUAUACGUUAAGCAGCAGUAGGCCUAUGUCAAGAUAACCAAGUCAUUUAUUUCCGAUGUGCUCCUGAUGACUUUUCUGUUCCUCCUUGGAUGUGGCCCAAAUUGUUCCCUGUUCCCUAUAGAGGCCAUAACGGGCCUAUAGGGCUCUGAUGCACACUAUUUCACUACAUAAGGAAUAGAGUGCCGUUUGGGACUGACUGACUGCCUCUGGCCUGUUUCACCACAGUGUUUAAACCUACAGUUGAUGUCUGUGCCCCCCAGCCAAAAUCUAAUUAACAUAAUAAACAAAUCUGUCUGUUUAAGCUAGA